AUGGUGAAAUCAAAUCGAACGUUUGACCUAAUCCAACUCAAUCAUGAUUUAGCCAAAGGAAAUGCAACUUUAUGAGGUUACCUGAAGAUUUACGAUGUUCAGCCAGGUGUGUACUCUCCCGGAGGGAUAGCGCCAUACAUCCCGCGGCCGCAGUGGACUAAGCCAUCCAUUGUCCGCCCACCAACUGGCCCCUGGUGGACAUUAGCCGGCCCUUGUCUUUGCUACUUUGAUUUACGUGCCGCGAAAGAGAUCAAUCGCUUAAGGUCUUGUCCAAUGCCGCGUGACAUCGGCUUCUGCACAAAAACGGAAAUACAACCUUUAAAAAAAGAAACGCUCACAACCGGAAGCGACGGCAGGAAGACGACGACGACAGCGCCGCGUCGCCCGGCGACCGAAUUAAAAAUUAAACGAGGAUCCGUUUCCGGACACCAUGACGUUUGGUGUAUUUUUUAA